AUGUUCUCAUCUCCGAGAAGGCCAAAACCAAGUGGUCGUAAUCUCAAUCAUAACACCACCACCACUGGUUGGUCGAGAUGGCUUUCUUCGGAAGCAUUCUUUCUCAUUUUGGGUAGUAUUGCGUAUUGGAUAUUUUCAGUGUUUUUUAGCAACAUGUAUCACAACAACAAUGUGUCGUCAUCAUCACAACAACUUCAACAACAACCAGAUUCAUUUCUACAAUUUCUCAAACAAUUUGCACAGAAAGGUGGAAUUCGAAACAUGUUUCCAGGUGAUGAUUCACGAGAUUCUAGCAUUCAAUUCGAAUUAAUUUCACAGGUUCACUGCACCACAAGUGUCGGAAAGCCAAUCAGUAUCACAGUUAGAAACACUCCAACCGAUCGGAGACGAAUGAGAAUGUUUGGAGGUUUUUAA